GUGUGCUGCCCUCCCCAGCUCAGCUCUUCCCCUUCCCUCCCCCAGCCACUGAUUGUGUUGAAGCCCAUAGUGUGUGCUCCACCGACCCGCAGUGCGAGGCGCUGUACCAUGGCCUGGAGAGGUGUGCGGAUGAGGCAGAGGUCUCCCCGCUGGGGGAACAAGUGGCCUCUGAGUGCCUGGACCGACAGGAUGUCCUGCUGACCAAACACCCCUCGCUGCUMUCCUGCAAGUGCCAGCGUGGCUUCCGCAAGGAGGAGCGAUGUCUGCGMAUCUACUGGAGGGUCCGUCUGCUGCCAGGGAAGGAGGAGCUGGAGGUUUCUCCUUACGACCAUUCAUUAAUAGAUACUGGAAUGGCCUCACUGGUGGCAGCCUCGUCCUUCAUGCUGAUGGACGGGGAGAACCAGUGUCUGAAGGCAGCGCAGGACUGUGGUCUGUAUGAGAAGUGUGGCUCUCUGCGCUCCGAGUACGUCCUGGCCUGCACCAAACCCGUGUCCGGGACCAACCGAUGCAACCAGUACAAGUGCCACCGGGCUCUCAGGCGCUUCCUGGAGCGGGUACCUGAAGAGUACAGCCUGGGGGUCCUGUUCUGCCCCUGCACCAACCCCUUGUGUGGUGAGAGGAGGAGGAAGACCAUCGUGCCGUCCUGCUCCUACCAGGACAUGGAGGGUCUGCAGCCGAACUGCCUCCAUCAGCAGAGCUUCUGCCGCCGAGACGACCUGUGCAGGUCCAGACUUGCUGAUUUCCUCAGUAACUGUCAGCCUUCUCAUCAGACGGCAAGCGGAUGUUUGAAAGACUCAACAGGUCUUUGCCUGCGAGCCUACGCUGGACUCAUAGGAACCAUCAUGACACCAAACUACAUCAGCAACAGUUCAGCCGAMGUGUCGCUGUGGUGCAACUGUGAAGGAAGUGGCAACCAGUGGCAGGACUGUCUGAGACUGCAGCGCCUCUUCACCCACAACAGCUGCCUGCGUAACUCCAUCAGCUGGAUGGGAAGUCCCAGUUCUCUGCCCUCAGAGACCACCCAGCCCCCCGCUCCCAGACCCUCUCCUCUYGUUCAGGAGGACGAGCUGCUGAGCAGCAACCACCUUCCUGAACUCAACAAUGAU